GGUUCACAUCACGCGCGCGGCCCACCAACACGUUCGAGUUCAUCACCGUUCCCCGGACGACGACUCUAAAGUCUGCACGGUCUUGCUGGCCUUAGUCUCUCGCCGCACGCGUUUCCCAGUCGCCGUGUGUUCCUUCCUCGUAUUGAUUAUGAUAUUUUUCCAGUGCACCGACAAUUGGUUUGUCAGCUUCCUGUGUCUGUGCGGUUGUCUGCAGUGACAAUACUCGUCAUUAAUAACAUACUUAUUACGUCAAUAUUAUUGUUAUAACAACACGAACGCAGCCGACCGUCCUGUGAUACUCGCAACUAACGAAUACAAUUUAUACAUUUUUUGGUGGAGCUUUUGAUACUUGCUGCAGCCGAAAUAAAUAGUGGAUUAUACCUACACAGUUAUGAAAACUGACAAUGUUGAAUCGUUAUAAUAUGUCAAGUUGAAACACGGCAAAUAAUGUCAUCGACCGAGGACAAAAUAUGGUUGUUUAUCAGAAUGGUUGGAAAAUAUAUUGGUUGUCAGUAGUGAUAUUAGUUCAAUUUUCUGCAGCUAAUAAGCCCCCACAAUUUGUUACCGACUGGCAAACCGAAAUUAUUGUUCGGUUGAAAGAGGGUCCCGAGACUCCUAUUGGAAGUCUCAUUUAUCGGGUUCGUGGUAUUGAUCCCGAUGCCGAUAAAUUAUUAUUUGGUGUACGAGAACCAGGUGAUAAAGUUAUUAGAGUUGAAAAUUUUGGCAGAAGUGAAGCUAACAUUUAUUUGAAAAUUGAAUUAGAUCGUGAAACCAAAGAUGAAUAUUCACUAGUGUUGACAUUGACUGAUGGUCACUUGGGAGAUGGAAAUUUUAUUACUCAGAGUUUUUUAUUAAUUGUGGAUGACAUAAAUGACAAUGCGCCUAUAUUUAAGCCAUAUCAAAAUACAAUAUUUGUACCAGAGGACAGUCCACCCACGGUGAUUGCAACGGUUGAGGCCACCGAUGCAGAUGAAGGCCCAUAUGGACAGGUGGUUUACCAUUUACAAGACUCGGAUUCAAUAGAAAGUAAUCUAUUUUCUAUAUCUACAAUUAAUGGCCAAGGCGUAAUACGCCUUGUGGGAAGCUUGGAUUAUGAAAAAACUUCACUGCAUCAAUUGAAAAUAUUGGCUGUUGAUCGUGCAACCAUUGAGAAGAGAAAAACCGGUACAGCUGCCAUAUUUGUGAAAGUACAAGAUGUCGAAGAUCAACCUCCUGAAUUCAUUGUUGUAACACCAGUGGCAAGAGUAAGCGAAGAUGCACCACCAGGGACAUCAAUAAUUCAAGUGAAAGCAAUUGAUGGAGAUCGUGGUAUAGAUAACCGCAUUGUAUAUUCAAUCACACGUGGGGGCAAUGGAAUGUUACAAGUUGAACCAAAUUCUGGUAUUGUCUACACAACAAAUAUUUUGGAUCGGGAGGAUCCGCUUAUUAUUAAAACUGGUGCCAUUAUUAUUGAGAUUAUGGCCACUGAAGAAUCGAAAAAUGUGUUUCCUAAUCCUUCAACAAAAACGGAAGUAACCGUAAUCGUUACGGAUGUAAAUGAUGAAACACCGACAUUUCGUAGUCCUCAAUACAUUGCUGAAGUUAACGAAAAUUCCCAACAAAAUACUCCUGUGAACUUUAUUGGAGAUUCAAUACCCCAAGUUUAUGAUUACGAUCAAGGUAAAAAUGGAACUUUUCGCUUACGAAUUCAACAAGGACGAAUUGGAUACUUUGAUAUUACACCUUCCGAAGGUAUAAAUGAAGCAUCAUUUCUGAUUCGUGUGAAUAGGACAGCUGAUUUAGACUAUGAACUAGUUAAAGUUAUUAACUUUACAAUCGUUGCCAUUGAAACAAUAGCUAAAAAUCCAAAAUAUAGUGUUGUUCCCGUUUCUGUUUACAUUCGAGAUGUUAACGACAACUACCCGGAGUUUUCACGUCCUACUUAUGAAGUUUUUGUUUCUGAAAAUUCUGUAUCUGGUAAAAUUAUUGGGAAAGUUGAAGCCACUGAUAAAGAUUCUGGUGUCUUUGGAACAAGUGGUAUACGAUAUACAAGUAUAAGAGGAAGUUGCGCUGAUUUUCUUAAAUUAAAUGCAGAAUCUGGAGAAAUUAUAAUAAAAUCGGACAGACCUGUAUUUGAUCGAGAACAAAUAUCCAAACACUUUUUAACAAUCGAAGCACGAGAUGAUUUAGGUUUAGGAAAUAGGAAUUCUGUUCAGUUAAUUAUUAACGUGGAAGAUGUUAAUGAUAACUCACCACGAUUUCUUUCAUCAAAGUAUGAAACACGACUUAAAGAAAAUCAUCUGCUCUUUGAAUCACCAGUCACUGUGGAAGCCAGAGAUCUAGAUUUAAAUGGCACAAAAAAUUCGGAAAUAUCAUAUCGUAUAUUGCAUUCCGACUAUCCAGUUGAAUGUUUUUCAAUUGACUCCAUUACGGGUGUUUUAAAACCGAUAAGGCCAGUAGACUUUGAAAAGCUACAAAAUCGGAAAAGUACUAACAGUAUUAAUGGAAAUCUGAGACCAAUCAAUUUGGUGAUCCAAGCGCAAGAUCACGGGUUGCCAUCACUAUCCGAUGAAACUCAUGUAAUUAUAUACGUAGAAGAUGUUAACGACUUUGGACCAAAAUUCGAAAGCAACAAUUAUGAAACAAUUAUUUCUGAAGAUUUAGUGGGUGGUAGCACUGUUUUAGAGGUAAAUGCUUGGGAUGAAGAUGGAUCUGCUCCAAACAAUAUUGUAGUGUAUAGACUUAGUAGUGGAGCAGAAGAUAAAUUUGUGAUCGAUGCAUAUUCAGGAGUGAUAAAAGUCGCACAUGGGGCAUCUUUGGACCCAGAUAAAACUCAACCAAAGACAUAUGCAUACUAUUUAGAAGUUGUGGCAAUCGAUGGAGGGAUUGGUGAUCAGCAACUCAGUUCUAUUGUAAAUGUAACAAUUAAAAUUCAAGAUGUAAAUAAUAAACCUCCAUUUUUCAAAGAAAUGGAACCGAUUCACGUGAAUGAAAACGAAUUGGUUGGUAGCGUAAUUACGAAAAUUGAAGCAGAAGAUCCAGAUGCAAAACCGGUGUUGAGAUAUAAAAUUGAUGUGAACGCUUCAGAAGCUAGAAACGAAGAUGGAGUGAUCAUUAGACCCACAGAUUAUGAUUGGCCAUCGGCAUUUGCUUUAAAUCCUGUAGACGGUUAUCUAAGAGUGGGUAAAUUACUGGACAGAGAAAAAGUUGAAACUAUCCGGUUGGCACUCGUAGUCGAAGAUAUUGCUGCAGUUAAUGGCAAACAAAUUGUUCAAACUAUUUUAAUUGUCCAUGUCGAUGACGAAAAUGAUAAUGACCCAGUGUUCCGUCAAAAGUUCUAUAAAAGAACUGUGAUGGAAAACAGUCAACCUGGUGUACCUAUCAUCACCGUGAUGGCAGAUGAUGCCGAUAAAAACAGAACAAUCCAUUAUUCGAUAGAAGAUUCGUCAAUGGAUGCUACAGAUUUAAUUAGAUUAGAUCCCGAGUCUGGGGAAAUUGUUGUGGCUGGUCGUAUCGACCACGAGCAAGUACAUUGGAUAAAUGUUAGUGUCCGAGCAUUAGAUAGCGGAGUUCCAGCUCGGUCUUCGUUUGCAGACGUUAUUUUACGCGUAAUUGACGAAAACGACAACAACCCAUAUUUUAUUGAAGAUACGCCUACCAACAUAACAAUUCCAGAAAACACGCCAAUCGGGUCAUCGAUAGCUAUAAUUACAGCAAUGGACGCAGAUUCUGGCGAUUUUGGUAAAAUUACAUACUUAUUGGAUCGUCUAUCAUCGCAGGGGAAAUUCACAAUUGAUACAAAUAACGGAGUAUUGAAAGUAGCUGAUACGUUGGAUAGAGAACAGACGAGUACCUAUAAUUUAAUUGUUGAAGCAUGGGAUAAUUAUCAGUUCGGAUACAUUUCCGGCGAAAGUCGGAACGCCUUCAAACAAAUUAUGGUGAUGGUAUCCGAUAUAAACGACAACGCUCCGUUGUUUGACCAUUUACCUUCCGAAUGUGUCAUUGUCACAGAGUUUCAUACUGUUGGCGAUAUGAUUUUAUUAAUAAAAGCUACAGACGCAGACGACCCAGCCACAGUUAAUGGCCGAAUAAUGUUUUCUAUCGAGGAUGGGAAUGAAAGAGAGUUAUUUGGUCUACAUAAUGUUGAUUUUUGGUCGGGUCGUUUGUAUACAACUUCGUCGUUGAAAAACCUCUACGGAAAUUAUAGUCUUCUCAUUCGUGCACAGGAUGGUGGCGAUCCUCAAAAGUCAAGUUUAACCACUGUAAACAUUUGUGUCACAGACGUCAAUGAUAAUGCUCCUCGUUUCGUAUCCCCUCCAUACAAUGUAACCGUUAGGUUGCUUCAAAAUAUGACAAUUGGAAGCCCAGUAAUUACAGUGAAAGCUAUUGAUGAUGAUGUCGGCCAAAAUGCAGAAGUAAGGUAUCGUUUCAAACAAGAUCUAAUGGGUGAUUGGAAGACAUUUUUGGUAGAUGAGAUUACUGGAUUAAUCACAUUAAAAAAAUCAUUGAACAAAGAAAUCCAAAAAAUCUAUCAGAUUCGAAUAGAAGCUUAUGAUCUUGGUAUACCAACACCUCUAUCGUCUGAUUUAGAACUCACAAUUCAUGUACGCAGUACUAAUGAUUUCCAACCUAGAUUCUUAAUUAACGAGAUCACCGUUAAUUUUACUGAACACCGCGAACCAGGAUCUGAAUAUUGGCAGCUUAUUGAUACAGUUGAUCGAGAGGAGUUAAAUGAUUUAGAAAAAACACCACCUCCGAUUUGUUACUAUGUAAUUUCUGGAAACGAUGAUAACCGAUUUAUUGUUGAACCACUUAACCAUAGAAUAUCUGUUGCUUAUGAACUCGAUCGUGAAGUUAAAGAAACUUAUGAAUUGCUUGUGAAAGCCAGUGAAGAUUGUUUGCAUUCUCCACCGCCAAGUCACGGUAUUAUUCAAGAUGAUGAUAGUUUACUUAAAGUUUUAGUUUUUGUUAAUGAUAUAAAUGACCAUGCACCGGGAUUUGUGAAAAGAGUAUUUACUGGUGGCGUAACUACAGAAGCAAAUUUUGGUGCAGAGUUUAUGCAAAUAAAGGCGAUUGAUGCGGAUAAAGGAAACAAUGCUGAAUUGUCAUAUUACAUAGUUCCUGGUUCUUUGGAAGUAUCACUAGCAGAAGGAUUGGACAGUAUACAAUAUCCACCAUUUUUGGUGGACAUCGCUACGGGAGUGAUAUAUUUAAAUUUUGAUCCUCAAAAGGGAAUGAAAGGUUAUUUUGAUUUCCAAGUAGUUGUUAAUGAUACCGGUGGGUUAUACGAUACGGCACGAGUACUUAUUUAUUUAUUGCGUGAAGACCAAAGAGUCAGAUUUGUUGUACGACAGAAUCCAUCACAGCUACGGGAGAAAGUUGAAAUAUUUAGAGAAAUUUUAGGAAACGUUACUGGGGCUAUAGUAAACGUUGACGAGUACAAAGUUCAUGAAACCCACGACGGUAGAGUAGAUAAAACAAGAUCAGACAUGUACCUACAUUUUGUCGAUCAUAACGAUAAUUCCAUCAUGGAAGUUCCACAUGUAUUGCGGAUUAUAGAUGAAAACAUCGAACAUCUAGAUUCUUUAUUUAAAGAGUUCAACGUACUCGAUACACAAGCAGCUGAGCCGGAACCAUUGCGUCGAGCUUCAAUGAAAGACGACAAUGUGAUUUGGAUGUGGUUGGUUGGCACCACUUUUUUCUUGGGGUUACUAUUAAUAGUCGUUGUAUCUAUUUGCUUGUCGCAACGUUCAAACUAUCGUAGACAACUCAAAGCAGCCACUAUAAAUGCAUUUGAUCCUAGAACACCCGAUCAUAUUACUUCAGCUGUAAUCGGUGGACGCGUACCGAAUACGAACAUGCACAGUGUGGCGGGAUCAAAUCCUAUGUGGAUGCAAGCGUAUGAAAACGAAUGGUACAAAGACAGAGAGACUCUAAGUCAAACAUCGGAACGUGACUCUUUGGACGACAAUACCACUACCAGUACGACAUCGCCCCAGCCAAUAGAGCGGUCAACGACUACAUUAUUUAUCAAAAGUAAUGAGUGUAAUAUACAUACAGACAGUACUGACGACUGCUACGAACGGACAAGAAUUACGGUGAAGAAUCUGGAAACUACAGAGUUAUGACAUUCGGUAAAACAAGUAUGAUGAGGUAACUGCGGUUAGGGACUAGCCAAGUUCCCCACGCUCAAUACACGGUGACCUAGCCGGAAAAUAUACCAACAACGAUUAGCGAUAUUUAUAUUAUUUUUAUUUUUACAUCAUAUACCUAUAAUAUAUAAAAUAUAUAUUUAGUGUUUUAAGGCUGACUCUUUUAUAUUAAAUUAUAUAGAAUGGGCAAACUAAAAUAUUGUUGAAAGAUAACACUAUAUACAAGCUUAAGAUAAUGUAGGAUCGACAAAAUUGUAUAUUCUCUUAAGAUUACUUGUGGUUUAAAUUCAAUUCUAUGAUACUGUUUGUUAGUUGUUAGAUAAUUUGAUUCCAGACAAAUCACAUUAUAGUACCAAUUUUUUAAUUACCAACUAUCUUUUUUCAUUGUUUUUAUUAUUAAAGGGAUUGUAAAUGGUCAGUUAUAUGAUCAGACCAAAAUACACCAAUUUCUCCAACUGAUAUGAAUUGUUCAUUAUGGCUAAUUGAGAUCAAUCAAGGCCACUUUAUCAAACUUUGUUCCCCAACUCCUAUUAAUUUGUUUCGAAUAUUUAAAAUUUCAUAAAUUUUAAAUGUUGAUAGUUGGAAAUUUAAAUCAAAAAUCUUAAAAUGUGGCCCAAUUGAUCUAAUGGAUCUAAAUUCUAAAGUAGACUUAUUAAAAUAUUCAAAUCAGUUUUCAGAAAUCUUAUCACAUCAAAAGGUUCAUUGGUAGGAUUGACAAAUAGUGCAUACAGAUGAGUAAUAUAUUAUAUAUUAUUCAUGUGUGAGAUGUCGUCGUUGUGAUUUGUACAUGUACGUUCGGGGGCACUCCACUAUUUAUUUUAUACUAUAACAGUCACACACACUAAUGAUCACUUAUUACGCACAUAUUUGCAAGACCCAAUUAUAUGCAUUUAGAAAAAUUAUUAUAUUGAACUCCUUAAAAAUGGACCGUUUGCAUAUUGCAAACGGACAAUUUUUAAAGAGUUCAUAUAGGCAAUAAAAAAGUUAUUUAGUUACUUUAUAUUAUUGUUCUCUUUAAUUUAAUUUACUUAAUUUUAUUUUACUAUCUUGAUUUAAUAAAUAAAAAUACGACGUUUUAUAAUAAAAUAAAAUAAAUUUUUUCAUCAGACAAUCACACGUUAGGUAACCUAACCUAGUGGUACAAUAAGUAGUAUUAACUAUUAAGUUGUAACUGGUUUCUAUUCACUCGUACUCGUGAUUUUACUAAUUCUUAUAACUAUCCUUUUUUAUUUAUAUGCAUGACUCAACGCAAAUGACAAGUGUUAAGUGCUAAUGAUAAGUAUUCCGCAUUAUAUAUUCAUAAAUCCGACAGGUUAGGUUAGGUUAGGUUCCAAUGUAACUUCCAUAUUCAUCGUCUCCCAAGAAAAUGUCGUUUUUUCACUGAAUACAUGAAUGGUAUCUAUUUUCAUCUAACAUACAGUUUGGUUUAUCUAAUAAGACUUUGAAAUAACUACUAUGGUAUUGGUACAAAAUAAUGUCCAUUUGCAAUUCCCUUAAAUUACAUUAAUUGAAUGCUGUAAAUUAAUUUUAACUUACGAAUAAUUUUGCAUCUUUAUGAAAUUCACUAUACUGUUGAUUUGGUAAACAUUAAACAGUAGUAAUUCCAAAUGUAAUUGAUAUAAAUUAAUUGAUAAUGUUAUAGAAAAUAGAAAUGUCCAUUUUAAAUUUUAAAGUUAUUAAUUUUUACUGUGACAAACCAUUUGAAGCCAUAAGCACAAUAGUAUCCUAAUCAUUCUUAAGCACGUUUGUCAUAAAUCGUAUACUAUUACUAUAGUUACUAGUAUCUAGAAUAAUAUUAUAUUGUAUUUAUUAAAUAUAUCUAUAUUAUUAUCACCAGUAUUAUCACUAGUAUUAUCACUAUUAUAUGGUUAGUACUACUAUAUAGGCCAUGUUCACGUGAGAAAAUUGUGUUAAAGUAUUAGGGGAGUGAGGAAGUUAAUAACAACAUAAAAUAUAUCCAUACGAUUAAAAAAAUGUCUCGUUUGUUCGAGGAAAUAUCAUUACAAUUUAUCAUACUAAAUAUAAUAUUAAAAAAUUCUUCAGCUUUUUGGUAAAUAUGUUAGUAUUUAUUCAAAAUCUCGAAAAUUUGAAAAUUAUUUUGUUCUUGUAAAUAAUAAAAAUUUAUAAAAUAUUCAAUUAAAAUUCUUAAGGAAUUUAUAGUUACUUACCAGUUACCAAUGGUGACUUUAUACAUGUGGAUAACCAAAAAUUUAAACAUUCUGGUGAGAUUUCUUACAUGGUUCAAUUUAUAUUUGAGUGAACCAUAGGUUAGGUUAGGUAUUGGCUAUUCAUAAAAACAUUACAUUCGCAGAAAAUGAAAGGAAUGGUUUUGGGCCCCCCAUUUCCGUCAAUAGCUAUGUUUCUUUGUCAAAAUAGUAGCAGGUGUCCCAUAAAUUAGUGGGAAUCCAUCAAACCUGUUGAGUGACGUCUGGUGUCUCUAUAGUCUAUACUGUGCAUUUACAAAACACCUAUCUAUUUCAUAUAUUUAAUAACUAUUUAUUUGUUAUAAACCCUAAUUAUUUUAAUUAUAUGUUUUAAUGACUUAGCGUUUAUACUGUAUGUCUGUCUAAUAUAGUGUAAGUAUAUAUAUUUUAGUAUUUACAAUUUUUUUUAUUUAAUAUUACCUAUAGUUAAGUAAUUAGUUAAUAUUAUUUAUUAUUUUUAUUUUUUACUAUUGUGCCUAGUACUUAUAUAAUAUAAUCAUAUUAAUGCGCGUUUUUAUCGCAUGAAUGUAUAUAUUUUAUAAAUCAAAAUUAAAAAGCCUUACAAUAUUAUUAUAUGUUAUAUUUCGUUUUCAAUCA